GUAAUUGCCCUGGAUCCGUCCGGAUGCAACGACGCAAGUCUCGUCGACGCCUUGUGUUCUUCUUGACUUGUGCCUCGCACCUACUAUAGUCUGACGACCCCAAUACGCCUCCGCAUGAAGUUGUCGAAGCCGAACACGAUCCUGCACGCCUGAUUUAACACCCGCGAGCCUGUUGAUCAACCUGGCUCCUUAUCAGUUCUAUCUGCGCGACUUGGCUAGACCCUGCUGUUAAACUUCCCUCCCUGCCUGAUCGCUCCAUCUCCUCACAUCUGUACCGAUUCGAGAAAGUCCGCACGAGACCUCUCUCUCUACCGCUCCGCACAUUACACGACUGCGUACUACCUUGGAAUACGAAAGUCCCCGAAACUCGGCUCGGCCGGAAGAACCUGGAACUAUGGCGAAGAAAGCUGAGAAGAGGAAGUCCAGUCCAAAUGGUCACGCUCUCCCCAAUGGAGAAGCCAAAGUGAGUGGUGCGCUCGAAAAGCUCGAGUCAGACAUCUACGAGGAGGAGAACAUCUUUUUGUUCAUUCCAAACCUAAUCGGCUACGCUCGCAUUGUCCUGGCCAUUGCUUCAUUAUACUACAUGCCUCUUCACCCACGUACAUGCUCGGGCCUAUACAGCUUUUCUUGCAUCCUGGAUGCCGCAGAUGGCAUGGCGGCGAGAAGGUACAACCAAGGAACCACUUUUGGCGCCGUUCUCGACAUGGUGACGGACCGCUGCACCACGAGCUGUCUCCUUGUCUUCCUAGCGUCGGCCUUCCCAAGAUGGGCGAUCAUUUUCCAAGGUCUGAUCAGUUUGGAUCUGGCGAGCCAUUACAUCCACAUGUAUGCGACCUUGACAAUGGCAGGGAGUGGUCAAAGUCAUAAGAAGGUGGACAGCAGCCGCAGCUGGAUUCUGCAUUUGUAUUACACAAACCGAGUAUGUACACCCUUGACUUCCGAGGUCAAACUCUUUGAGGUCAAACUCUUUGGGGUCAAACUCUUUGGGGUCAAACUCUUUGGGGUCAAACUCUUUGGGGUCAAACUCUUUGGGGUCAAACUCAGCUGACGUGGUGAUUUACCAGGCUGUACUGUUCGCUUUCUGCGCGCUGAAUGAGCUCUUUUUCAUUGCCCUUUACCUCCUGUCCUUCUCAUCACCUUACCUGUCACCGAGCCUCCUAGUCACGAGCGAGAAUGGCACAGGGAUGGCUUCGACCCAACCCGGCUCACCUGCACACCCCAAGCCGAGUACAUUGUUUGCCAAUCCCUGGAGUGCAGCUGCACUGGAAAUGGCGCGUGCCAACAAGAUGGAUAGUAUGGUGCCGUGGAUCCUGGCAGGGAUCAGCUUUCCAGUCAUGGCUGGCAAGCAAAUCAUUAACGUAAUUCAGCUGGUCAAGGCAAGCAAGUGGCUGGGCGAGGGUGACAUUGCAGCCAGAAGAAAAGCCGGAAUUGCAAAAAAGAAAAGGGCAUGAACAGCACCAUUGUGGCGUCCAAGUUGCGUCUUCAUGCGAACCCUGUGGGGGCUAAAGAAAACGAAGACGAUAGAAUGGACCGGCCUUGGAGGAGGACUGUCAUACAACGCGGGAAACAUUGAAGUUUGGCAUGGCGUUGGGGAUGGCCGGGUGUUUGCGUCGACAGGCGCGACGAUCUUUUUAGCAUUCACUCGCUAUUCCACUCAUGUUGACGUUGGGUCGAAUGUCAUCUCGAGUGGUCCGACCUGGGAGUCUAGGAGCUUUGAGGGAAUCUAGACUUUUUUUCGAUGGUGUCGUCACAUUAGGGGGGAUACUGGCUGGUUGGCAGCUAAUUUUUUUUGUACUCUUUGUACUCUGUACUUUGUCGACCUAUUUCCGUUUUCAACGGAUCAAUUACAUAGUGACUAAUGAUGUAUCAUGUUUGAAUAGCCAUGUGUGUGUUCCAAAGAAGGCAUUUCAUUUUCAAAGAGG